UAGCUAUGUCGGGCUUCAGGCUGAAUAUCAAAUUCCUUACCGACUUCUACUACUUCCCGUCGACACAGCUACUGGUUGACUUAAGCACAAGUAAACAGGGGUCCCCUCGACCUGACUUGAAGCCAUGCUGUCUCUCAUCUUCAAGUGGGGUAUCAGCGCUUCAACUAGCAAUCUGGCUUUGCCAUGGUGAUAUAUCUCCGGGAGUUGAGAAUUUGCCCAAAAGCUGUCUUUACCAGCGGCACCAAUGGAUACGCCAUGAAGCCCCGUCUCGUCUGGCACGUUCUGGCAAUACAGCCAUUACACGUUGCCCCUAUGAUAUACUGUGCCUCGAUAUUAUCUUUAACUACCUGUAUUUAUAAGACACAUCUUAUCGCUUGUUCCCCCGGCAGUUCAGUGCUGUCACAUGACGAGGCAAGCACGGCUACUGUCGGCGGUUGUCCACCAUAGCCGAGCACUCGGCGGCGUAGAAACGCAUCGAGAACUUCUCCUGCUUAAAAGAGGCCGGCGUCCUCUCAAUUGCUUCAUUUCCUCUUUAUACCCAACCGGCGACAUGAUGCCUUUACGCUGCAGAGGACCUUUUGCCCAGGCACUUCUUUCAAGCAGUUCUCCAGCUCGCCUGGUCCCAUCUAUUUCUCGUAUCUCCCCCAGCUGCUAUUCUCCCCGCCGGCGAUUUCACCCUUCCCCUGCACCAUGCGCUAUCAGGUCUCAGAUUUUGAAGGAUGUGGGUGAAGGAAUCACCGAGAUCCAGAUUAUACAAUGGUAUGUGCAGGAGGGGGCGAAGAUUGAGGAAUGGAAGCCACUAUGUCAAUAUCAGUCCGACAAAGCAGUUGACGAUAUAACAUCGAGAUACGACGGGGUCAUUAAGAAGCUGCACUUCCAGGCAGAUGAUACAGUGCCUACAGGAAUGGCUUUGUGUGACAUCGAUGUGGACGAGUCUAAAUAUCCAGAUGAAAACGCUCCUCACCCGCCACCAGCUAACGAGCCAAUCACUCCGACACCAGAGCAGGUGGUUGCAGAAGCCCCUCGUGUAUCCGCGGCUGCAGGAGCACCACCAGAACCUGCUGUACAAGCUACACCUCCCCCAUCUAAAUAUGCCUCUCUUGCAACCCCGGCCGUUCGUGGGAUGUUGAAGGAGCUCAAGGUGGAUAUUCUAAAAGUAAACGGAACCGGCAAGGAUGGAAGAGUUAUGAAGGAAGAUGUCCUCCGAUACGUGGCGGAGCGGGACGCUGCGCCAUCAGCAUCUCAGCCUACGCAACCCUCAUUGGACAUCAGCACCCCACAAACCGAGACCACAACACCAUUAACUUCAAUUCAAUUCCAAAUGUUCAAGACAAUGACCCGAUCUCUAAACAUUCCUCACUUCCUCUACGCCGAUGAACUCGACAUCCGCUCCUUAUCCUCCAUCCGCAAGAAACUUGCAUCACAGCGAACUGAACCACUAAAACUCUCCUACCUCCCCUUCAUCAUCAAAGCCGUCUCCCUCUCCCUGAACUCCUACCCCCUCCUAAACGCAAGAGUAGACACCACCACCAAUCCCAACAAGCCCGCCCUCGUCAUGCGAUCAAGCCACAACAUCGGCGUGGCCAUGGACACUCCAACAGGUCUUCUAGUACCUAAUAUCAAAAACGUCCAAUCCCGCUCCAUCCUGGACAUUGCCGCAGAACUCACUCGCCUCCGCAAAGUGGCUCGCGCAGGCAAAUUGACCCUCGCAGAUUUGAAUGGUGGAACCAUCACGGUAUCCAACAUCGGUAAUAUUGGCGGCACCUAUGUUGGUCCUGUCAUUGUGCCGAACGAGGUUGCGAUUCUUGGCAUUGGACGGGCCAAGACAGUCCCCGUCUUCGACGAGGAUGGGAACGUGGUUAAGGGCGAGAAGGUGAAUUUCAGCUGGAGUGCGGACCAUAGAGUUGUGGAUGGGGCGACGAUGGCACGGAUGGCGGAGAAGGUUAGGCUGUAUUUGGAGGAGCCUGAGUCGAUGAUUUUGGCUCUCAGAUAGGCAUUCUUUUUGUUGUUGUUGUUUGUGUGUAUUUCCCUUGUCUUUUGGUUUGUAUAUAGAGCUUAAUAUAAAGCAUAUGUUGUCUGUAAUUGUUUAAAAGCGCGAAGUAGAGUAGUAGGCUUUUUGUUACUUUUUCUCCCAGCUGUGUUUAACACUUUCCCCAAACCACCACCCCCCCUGCCUAACGAAGGGUGGAUGUACUACACAUUGUUUUUCAGUUCUACAUAUGAACAUGCACAGGCCUCUUAAAGCUUUGAGGUCCGGUUAACAAAGAGAAUGAGUGGUUCCCACCCAAUCAAUAAGUUACCCGUUCGAUAGAUGAAUGUACGAAGGGAGGUAAUAUAUAUGAGGAAUUUACGAUCAUGCUUGACGAUAUGAUAUGGAAGAGGAAGAUCGAGCUACGGGAAGAUUUUUACGGAGGACCUGGCCACCUCGUAUUCCCUAGCGUUGCGAUGUUUGUAUAUGCCUAGUUUGCUGCAUGGCGUUGAGGAUGACGAUAAAAUUCUAUUUGAGUUGUUGUUGCUUGUUGUAUUGAAUGCAGUGUUUGUACAGCAAGAUUUAUAUCCCAUAUUCAGUACUGAUAGAUCAUUUAUGAAAGGAUAGAUAGCCUUAGGCGGUGAGGUGAGGGAGACAGAGUAGCGUGCCAAAUAGAACGAGUGGUCUAAGCUUUGCUUCUUCUC